CUCAUCAGCUUACAGCAACAAUGUCGUGGCAGGGAUACAUUGACAACCAAUUGGUAGGCACCAAGUCUAUCACCCAGGCAGCCAUCCUCGGUAUCAAGGGAGGAGUCUGGGCAGCUUCCCCGGGAUUCACUGUAACACCGCAAGAACAGACUGCUCUCGUAAAGGGCUUCGACGAUCCCUCGCCGCUUCAAUCAGGUGGACUGCACGUUGCGGGCAAAAAGUACUUCUGCCUUCAGGCGAAUGACAGGAGCAUCUAUGGCAAGGCAGGGGCCGACGGCGUUGUCCUGGUCAAGACGAACCAAGCGGUUCUCGUAGGCCAAUACGCGUCGCCCAUCUUGCCAGGUGAGGCAACCAAGGUUGUGGAGCAGCUGGGUGACUACCUGCUCGGUGUGGGCUACUAGAUGUGUGCGCUAUUGGAUCCGAGUACAACCACUACCAAUCGAAGUCUGGGUCGCAAGGCGAUGCGUGGCGUGAGAGGGAUUGACGAGGUGGCUGUGCACGAUAGAUGCACUGAUUGACAAUCACCUGACCUAUGUCAGAAGAACGAGUUUCAAGCACCUCGAAGCAGGGCUCGCAAGCCGACAGGAUCUUGCGAAGGUAGUGAAAGGGAGAAUUGAUGCGAGAGGUAUCAAGAUGAGAGAUAGGUGACAAAUGGUGCACGAUGAGGACUUCCUGCCUCGACUAGAGCAUCUCCUCCUCGGACUCCGUUUCCUCGUCCUUACUGCAUCCACCAUCCCGGCCGCCAUUGCCCAGUUUGAUAUCCCUCUUAUCCUCUUCUCCGCCCUUGACGCCAUUCUCGACCCGGCUCGGCGCCUUGGUCAUCUCUUCGUCCUCGUCCUCGUCCUCUCCCUGAUUCACCUCCUCAUCGU